AUGAUUCUUCAAACUAUCGCUAUAGUGGUGGGUACCUUAGUGUGUGGUUGUCUCAACUCACUCCUAACCAAAUACCAGGAUAAUCAAUGUGUGGCGAAUUGUGACGAUCCGGAUAUAUCAAAGCACAAAAACUUCGAACAACCUGCCAUACAAACGCUUCAAAUGUUCAUCGGUGAACUAGGCAUCUACAUCGUUUACUACAUCCUUUAUAAAUCCCCAUUAUCAAGAAUUACGAAGUACCAGCCAUUGGACGAAGGAGCGCAUACUACGCAAAAAACAAGAAGCAUUCUUCUUGCAAUUCCGUCGAUAUGUGAUUUGUUGGCUACGACAUGUAUGAACGUGGGAUUGAUCUACACGCCAGUUUCCAUAUACCAAAUGACAAGAGGAGCUAUUGUACUUUUUGUUGCAAUACUCUCGGUGUUGUUUUUGAAGCGUAAAAUUAGAACUUUAGAGUGGAUUGCGUUGGUUAUAGUGACUGUGGGAAUUGGUAUUGUUGGGUAUUCGGGAAGCAAAGGUGGGACUCAAAACACAAAGCGCGAGGAGCCCGCAUUGGUGAUCUUUGGAAUGUCAUUGAUUAUAUUGGCUGUCUCGCUUCAAGCGGUUCAGUUUGUGGUAGAGGAGAAGAUUCUCGCUAAGUACCACUUCACUCCGUUACGGUUGGUUUACACUGAAGGUUUCUUUGGAGUGGUCAUUUUGACGACUGCCAUGAUUGUUUUGAACUUUAUUGCAGGGCUGCUUCAGCUGGAGAAGCAAUUUCAUGAUUCCCCCUUCAAUGUGCAUGAAUCGUUGUCUCAGACAUUUUCUCUGCGUGAAAUUCUCUUGUCAUCUUUGGCGAUCAUGGUCUGCAUUUCUUCAUUCAAUUUUUGCGGCGUUUCCCUUACGCUGCAGCUUUCAGCCACUGCUCGAUCCACCAUAGAUAGCUGCAGAACGUUGUUGGUUUGGCUAUUUGCAAUGGCAUUGGGGUGGGAAGUCUUCAAUUUCGUGCAGUUUUUGGGAUUUGUGACUCUUGUCUUUGGUACGCUUUGUUUCAAUGGUGUGCUUCAGCCUGAAGACUGGACAUUCAUUCCGGAAUUUCUCAAAGAUCAAGAACACAAGUAUGAAAGACUCAUUGAUGUUGUUGAUGAGCCUGUGGAGCGAAUGUGA